UUUAUUUAUUUCCCAUAUUGUUUGCAUGUUUUUCACUACUGUUUUGCGAAAACUAGAUAUUUAUUCUCAGUCUGACCGACAGUUGUAAAAUAUCCAAGCCUUCAAAGAAAGUGCUGAACUUCUUCACUAUCCAAUUCAUAACAAUUUGUUUCGGUUGUUUUGGCUUCAGAAUAAUAAUGUUUUAUGGAGGUCCAGGGAACAGUACCCCAAUGUGGUUACCAUUGAUCGAUUUCAAUAAUUAUUUUCGUUAUGUGGUCGCUAUUAACGCAACAGUUUUCAAUAAACUACUUAGAGAGGUCGAAGAAAAUCAAAGGAUGGCCAUAUAUAAUUCAUUCAACAAUUUCGGUUAUGUUUUUGUAACAACCAUGCAUAAACAGUUAAUGCAUUAUUGGAAUUUUCACGAUAGUGAAAAGUACAAUGAGAUAUAUAAUUAUGUUUUAUCGAAAAUAGCUGAACGAUCCAAGAAUGGAACAAACACUUCUUUACGUGGAGUUGAAUGUCAUAGCUGUGGUGUUCGAAGGAAAUUUGUAAUAGAUUUGCUAAUUAAACUCAAAUGUUCUCUACCAGUCCCAGCUUCAAGCGAUAUACUUUUUCAGGAAACAGAAUCGUUUUUUAUCAGUAGCGUUUUUGACAUUUCUAAUCCAUGUUAUUUGAAAGCUUUAGAAGGUACUGUAUUAACUUAUGGUAAAUACAUAAAAACCAGCAAGUGGAAAGUAUAUCGUGGGGUAUAUUCUAUUUAUUAUAGAGAUUUCCCUACUGCUUGUAAACUUUUCUUGGAAUGUAUAUCUAUUUUUUUUGCAAGCGAAUUGAUGACUUAUCAUACAUUCAUAAGAUAUACUGUAUACUUAUCAGUGAUGUGUCUUUCCAGGAUUUCAUUACUUAAAGAGAUAAUUGAGAACAACAACGUCAAAGCAUUACUAAUUUAUGAUGGAGAAACCAGAGCCUUUUUACAUUCUUUUUACAAUUGUGAAUAUGCAAACUUCUUCCUUAGCCUAGGAAAAGUCGCGCGAAGAUUGAAAGUGGAUUUUUUGUUUCAUGAUCAUUAUCAAUACUACGUCUGUGGAAUGAAGGCUUAGGCUUAUAAUCAGGCGAUGAAGUCUUAUAGAUCUUUAGCACUGUCCCAUCUGGCUGAGUCAUUUGGUGUCUCUGAAGACUAUAUUGAGAAGGAUCUUGCUUUAUUCAUUAAGUAUGGCCAUCUCUCUUUCAGAAUUAAUCGUCAAACUAUGACGGUGGAAUCACAAAGACAAGACGAAGUGAGUGCAAAGUUUCAGAAAGUCAUAAAGGAAGGUGAUUUACUAUUAACUAAAAUUCAGCGCUUGAGUCGUAUCAUUCAUAUAUAAAAUUCAAAAUGAUUUUUGUCCUUGGUUUUUUUAAAUUGAAAAUAUUCAUUUCAUGUUCAAUUUGGAGAACAAUCAAUAAAUUCUGGUUUUUAUUAU